GCCAAUCAGCAGCGGUUGCGGCCUGUUGGGGUCGGUCUUGGCCAAUGAGGAGGCCCGAGUGACAUCCUCACGCACCAAUCGGGAGUGAGAGAGGAUUCGUGUCCGCCCGCCCUUCCGGCCUGGGCUCUAUUUACCAGGGGCGUGCGGCCGGUUUACCAAUCAGAGCGCGGCUGAGCGGCCAAGCAGCCAACCCCGGAGGAGCGGCCGGCCGGCGUCCGCCGCACCCAAGAGUUGGGGAUGUCCUACAAACCCAUCGCCCCCGCCCCCAGCAGCACCCCCGGCUCCAGUACCCCUGGGCCCGGCACCCCGGUACCUACAGCCGGAAGUGUCCCAUCGCCAUCGGGCUCGGUGCCGGGAGCCGCUGCCCCUUUCAGACCCCUGUUUAACGACUUUGGACCGCCCUCCAUGGGCUAUGUGCAGGCGAUGAAGCCACCCGGAGCCCAGGGCUCCCAGAGCACCUACACAGACCUGCUGUCAGUCAUAGAGGAGAUGGGCAAAGAGAUCCGGCCUACCUAUGCUGGCAGCAAGAGCGCCAUGGAGCGCCUGAAGAGAGGCAUCAUCCAUGCCCGGGCCCUAGUCAGAGAGUGCCUGGCAGAGACAGAGCGGAACGCCCGCACGUAACAGGACGCAAGUCCGCCACCGCGUCUGGACCUUUCCUGGCCACUGCAGAGCACCUGCUUCUCCCUGGCCUUCACCCUGAGUUGCACUUCCCAACCUGGGCUUCCUGUCCUGUGUCCCUUGGUGGGUGCCCUCCAGGAACGAGGGGGCGGCUCUCACUCCAGUCCACAGCACUGACUGGGACUCUGUCAAGAGUCAGCAGCGAGGUCACUGUGAGCCCCACCCAUGACCUGCCAACAGUGUUGAUCCAGCUGGAGCUUGCUCUUUCUGUGGCCCCCACCACUCAGCACUUACCCAGGACUUCCAUCACUUUUCCCAGACUCCUCCCUGAGCAGGGCCUCCGAAGGCCUGUCACCUCCCUGCCUUGUCUCCUGGGCCAUAGCGACUCUUUUUUCAGUGUCUUUUGCUAAAUACACCCUUUUUGUAUAAAUAAAAGAUAAUUUGAAGUUGUUCUCUCUA